AUGACUUUGCGCUGUGAAUGCAGGGGCCGGGAAAAGGUUCGUGUGUGCCACUGCUCCCCUCUGGUCGCCGGCAGUGGGCACACGUGGCCCCGGUCACUGUGGAGAAAGGGGGACACGGGGACGGUACGGGUCGUCCUGCCGCCCGCCGCAGCGCGGCCACCCGAGGAGCUCAGCCGCGAGCGACCGGAGUCGGCCGCCGGAGAGGUUGGGACCGCGAAGGAUGCGGCGAUAACAGGCUGCGGAGAUAUUAUUGCGGACCAUGAGGAGGAUGUGGGCGGCGGGAGUGGCGUCUGCGAGAAGAGCACCCCCGGGCCCAGCAAGCUGGGUGCCACCAAGAAGCACCCCACCAUGGUGGCCUACCAGGGAGGAGGGGAGGAGAUGGCCAGCCCCGACCAGGUGGACGACACCUGCCUGCAGGAGUUCUGGGAUAUGCUCUCACACACGGACGAGACUCAGACACAGGGAGGAGGAAGCGGAGGAGGGACAAAGAAGCCCGAGGGGUUGAAGGAAACCCGAGGUACCGAAGGGGCCCAGAACAGGGUGGUGGUGAAACGUGGUGGCCUCCACCAGAUUGCCAUUCACCUGAACCACAAAGAGGAGCAGAAGAGCAGGGAAAAGGAGCAGCACGAGGGCGUCCCAAACAGCGACGAGGGCUACUGGGAUUCCACCACCCCUGGUCCCGAGGAAGACAGUUCCACAAGCAUCCAGAAGGAAACCCUUCCCAGGGAUAGCUACAGUGGAGAUGCUCUCUAUGACCUUUAUGCUGAGCCGGAUGAGAACCCACCAGCGGGGCCUACGAACGAGGAAGUCUCCAGUGUGCCACGCUCCAAGCCCGUGUCUCCAAUAACGACCGUGAGCUCACUGAAAACACCCUCAAGCACAGCCAAGGACUCCAAGAUACCCAUCAGCAUUAAACACCUUUCGUCGCAUCCCGCCAGCCAUGGAGCAGAUGCCAGUAACAGCCAUCACGUCGCACACCAUCACCUGGCCAAAAGCGAGAUGCACAGAACAAAAAUCCCCGUCUCCAAAGUCCUGGUACGCCGGGUCAGUAACAGGGGCGUAGCAGGGACAACAGUGAAAACUGCCACGUACCAGGACAGUGCCAAAAAGUAGUUGGGUAAGAGGUGGAGACAAAGACAGAGAACGAAAUCCAUGCGGGAAAGUCUGCAUAGGAAACCACAGAUAAUGAAUUUGUUUUGCAUCACCUGAAGAAAGUCACCUAAAAGGCUUCCUUCACUGUACUCCGUGGGCCUGCACUGCUGAGUCUCUUCUUACUAGACUGUAUGGCCGAAUACAAUAAGUCAACUUCUUUUUGAGCACUUUUUUUUACAUUUAUAUCUUUUUUCUGCAACACUAAACACUGGGGAGGUUCAUUUUUACAUGCCUUUCUGGAAGCAGGACUUGGAUUAUGACCAUCCUUCCUUGUGCAAAGCAGUGUCAUGAGUUCUUCAAGGGAACAGAGUUACAAAAGGAGCGACAUAAGAGGUUCUCCAAUACACUUAUCUUUUAAUCAUUCCUCGGGGAGGAGGAGAGGCCAGGUGCCUGGCUGGCUCUGGAAACGAUGUUUGCUCCGGAAGAUGCUGGAAAAAAUGCCAAGCAGAAAACAACCCACCUAACAGGUAUUUUACCUGCUGUAGGAACGAGAACACUGCUCAGCAGCAGACUUGAUUGACUUGUGUGCAGGAGAUAAAACUAAGGAGUUAGGUGGACUCGUCUAACAGGAAAACAUAUUUUCGUUUGUCUGUCUGUCUGGUUGGUUUUGAUCUGGUCUAAUGUAAAUGGGUAACAGAGACACCUGACGUAGGUUCAGAUGUUUACAUCAAUACUUGUCCGAUAAUGCAUACAAUCAGGUUCAGGGAAACAUUUUACUAAAUGCCAAUAUAUACACACUGUCCACGUUUAUACAAUAACUUGCUCGCCGUGUGUAAAUAUAUAUGUGUUUUAGCAGAUUUUUUAUAAAAAAAAAAAAAAUCACCUGUCCUUAUUAUCUAGAGUUUAAGCAAGAGUUAGUUUUUAUAGGUAGAUAAUUUUACAGUUCUAAAAGGAUAGAACUUUGUGUAAGUACCUUAAAUUAGAGAAAAACUCUGGUUUGUAUGGGCUCAUGCAUCCCCAGAUUAGUAAGUCUGAAGUGCUGAUUUUAUUCCAGUGGCACAUUCCAUGGCUCAGAGCUGAUGUUCUGACAGCACUGCCGCUGCAAACCUCUAUUUUCAGGGGUUUAGACAAAGUUGCUCUGGGCUUAAACCUUACCAAGAAGGAACCCAGCAAAGAAAUGUGUUUUUUAAGUAUUAUUUUUUAAAAUAUAUAAAAUUAGUUUUUUGACUAUUUAAAGAAAGUUUGGGUUCUCAUUGCUUUUUAUUUUCAUUCUCAAUAAUGUCAGAAUAAUUUUACUUUAAGAGAGAAAAAAAUAUGGUAAUCUAGUGGUACAUAAAAUGGUCGGAUGAUCUUGGAUCUUAGGAGAAAUGUAUUAAUGGCCAUGACUUUUUUGAAUAGUGGCUACUAUACAUGGGCAUUGGCAACAUUUCAAAGAAAUAUAAUAGGGUUUUAAUGUGCCUGAGGACAUAUUUUUAUGAUACACUGAAAAAGCUCUAAAAAUCACUGAAGUCUAAAGGUAAAUGUUAUGUAUUUACAAAAUAUUUUGAUAUAAGUAUUUAAUCAUCAGACCACAGUUAAUAUAAAAUAUAUGCUCCAGUGUAUCUAAAAAAAUAAUAUACAUUUUAAAAAUAUACAUGUCUAUAUUAUGCAGAGAAUCCUAAAUUCACAUCAUUGAAGCUAAUGGGUCUGAUCUUACAUAGCAGUUGGUUUUAUUGUCUCUUAAAUCAAAAGGAAAAAAAAAAAAAAGGAAAAUAAAUAUACAGAAUAUGCAUUUGAAGGAUAUUAAGGUUGUAGGCAAACCAUAAAAAGCCAGGAAAUACCAUAAUAAGAAUUGUAUAUAUGUAUAUGCAUGAUUCGUGGUUCACUGGGGAAAUGACCUUAAAGUCACGAAGGUGAAACUGACAGCCAGUUUUGAAAUUGCUGCAGAAUUUAAUACCGAGUUGCAGCAUCCCAGUGAAAGUGUUAGUUUCCCUGACCAGCCCCUGUUUUCAUGGUUUAAGAACCUUAAUACACUUCAAAGAGGAUUAUUUUAUGUUUUCUUCCUGACGUGUAGGUGUGUGGUUCCCUGUGUGCCCACUCACACAGACAUGUUGUACAUAUGCAUGUGCAGCGAGCACACGGCUCCUGGCAGGCUCCCUGCGCCAGCCAAGGCUGUGCACACUCACCCUCGUGUGAGCACUCCCAUGCACAGCCUGGAGGCUGUGCUCCACAUCUGCCUCCAAACACGCUGGCCAUGCUUUCCUUUGCCCGAGAAAGGGAUUUGCGUUUGGUCUGACUCCACUUGUGCAUUUUAGAAAUGAACGCUGAAACGCCCUCAGAAGGAUGUAUGUACAUAACAUGGAAUAUUGUCCUGCUCCUCAGCCCUAAACAUGACAUUCCUUUUCCCAUUCUUUUGUUUUUGUUUGACUGUAAGGGACGCAUCUUUACUUGCAUGACAAGUCUGCAGAAAAGUCAUAAUUCCCCAUUUCGUUCUAAGGACAAAUUGUGCUGAGAGAUUCUAUAGGGUAUUGGAAGUUGAGAGGGAGGGAGGAUGUGUUGGUAGUACCAUAAAAACUGGAAGCACUGAGUACAGGUAGUAGGAGUGGUGCAUCUUUAAACCCACUAGGAGACACCAGCUGCCAUCUCCACAGGACUUGUGUGCGUCAAAUUAUUCAUCAUAUGUGUUUUGUUUGCAUUGCGGCAUGUCUGUAUCGAGAAACCAAUAGUGUGACACUAGACUAACUCCCCAUCACGUAACCACUAACACGAAUCAUCAUUAAAAUGCUUUGGCUUCCCUUCA